UUAAUCUGUUACAAUUUUCAGAAACAUGGCAACUUGUCCGAGUGGUUAAGGAGAAAGAUUAGAAAUCUUUUGGGCUUUGCCCGCGCAGGUUCGAAUCCUGCAGUUGUCCCAAAAAAUGGCAACUUGUCCGAGUGGUUAAGGAGAAAGAUUAGAAAUCUUUUGGGCUUUGCCCGCGCAGGUUCGAAUCCUGCAGUUGUCGUCAUUUUUUUG